UUUACUUUGUGUAACGCUGCUGUAUAUAUGCAAUUUUGUAGAAAAUUGUUUGCAUAAAAACUUAAAAAAAAAAUCAUCACAAAUUAAGCAACAAAAAGUAUUCUAACUAUAUUAAGACGAUUUGAUUUAUAAUUCAGCAAAAAUAAACAAAAAAUAUCAUCGUAGUUUUCCACACAUUCAUCAAAGUGAAUCACACUCUGCACGCAUCAUAUAGUCACCAUUUUUUUUAAUUACUAAGAAAAGUACUUACAACGGGAAUUCGAAUUAAGAAAAAAAAAACACUUUUUUUUGUUUUAAAAAAUGUCACAGUUUGCUUAUAUGAAUGAAAUCAAAAGCGCACUCAUAAUGGAAGGCGACAUAAGUAAAGGACCAAUGCCGCGAUGGCAGAAAAAACUAAAUGGAUCGUCAGCCAAUCUAAAUGCAAGUGCAAAUACAUCAAAAAUAUCCAUUUCAUAUAACUCAAUACUGAGUACAUCGACGACAGCACCAGCCAUCAAUAAAACACCACAGAAAAAUAGUUCAGUUAACUUCAAAGGAAAAUCACCAGGAAGAAAAACACCAACACCAAACAAAGGAACAUCGGGUGGAUCAAAGACACCUUGUGGUGCCAACGGCGGCGAUCGAUUCAUUCCAAACCGAGCUUCAUCCAACUUUGAUAUAGGCCAUUAUAAGGUACAAAAACAAAAUGUUUUCAUGUUUUUUUUACUUCUACUCUGUUCAUUGAAUAACAAUAAACAAAAAAAAUCGUAUUCACAGAUGAAUAUACAAAAAAAUAGUAGUGAUGAAAAUGAAGAAACUAAUCGCGCUGGUGAUCGACAGAAAAUUCUCUCCGAAGCCAUGGAAUUGGGUGAUGUCAAGACACGACGUGUCUUCUCGUAUCAAGAGAAAGCACCGGCAGCACCGGAGUCACAUCAAAAUCCAUUGCGUGUUGUGUAUUCAAUUAAGACGCCAAUGUCAACUAAAAGUGGUUCUCGUUAUAUUCCGACAAGUCCAGAACGAAUUUUAGACGCUCCUGACAUUAUUAACGAUUAUUACUUAAAUUUGAUGGAUUGGAGUGCAUCAAAUAUCGUGACUGUUGCAUUAGGAAAAAUUAUUUAUCUGUGGAAUGCUGGCACUGGAAAUAUUGAACAGUUGCGAGAGUACGAUAAUGGUGACCAUGCAUGUUCGUUGGCUUGGAUUCAAGAAGGAAAUGUUUUGGCAAUCGGUGCCUCUGACGGCACGGUUGAACUAUGGGACGCCGAAGCGAAAAAACGAUUACGUGUAAUGGACGGUCACACAGCCAGAGUUGGAUCGUUGGCAUGGAAUUCGUACAUCAUUAGUUCGGGUAGCCGUGACGGUUCAAUUAUUCAUCACGACGUUCGGCAACGUGAUCACAAAGUGACAACUCUAAACGGGCAUACACAAGAAGUAUGUGGCUUAAAAUGGUCAACCGAUUUCAAAUACUUGGCCAGCGGCGGCAAUGACAAUUUGGUAAACAUUUGGCCAUCGGUAACGGGUUCAAAUGCAGGUGUAAAUACAUCGAGUGGUGUAACCGAAGCACUGCAUGUAUUCAAUCAGCACCAUGCAGCCGUUCGAGCAUUGGCAUGGUGUCCAUGGCAACCAAACGUACUAGCCAGCGGUGGUGGUACAGCUGAUCGCUGUAUCAAAUUUUGGAAUGUUAACAAUGGCACGCUUAUUGAUUCGAUCGAUUCCAAAUCACAAGUGUGCUCAUUACUGUGGUCAAAAACGUACAAGGAAAUUAUUUCGGCUCACGGAUUCGCCAAUAAUCAAUUGACAAUUUGGAAAUACCCUUCAAUGCAGAAACAAUGUGAAUUAACGGGGCAUACAGCUCGCGUACUACAAAUGGCAAUGAGUCCGGAUGGCAGCACUGUUAUGAGCGCCGCAGCUGACGAAACACUUCGAUUGUGGAACUGUUUUGCGCCAGAUGUUCAUCAAGCGAAAAAAGAUAAAUCGGCCAGCAAACUAGGACCAAGUAUAUUCCGACCAAAUAUUCGUUAAUAUUUCGAAUAGUAGAAUCAUCAGAAGACCAACAAUUCAUUUUCCACAUCGAUUGUUAUGUUUGAAAAUACAUUCCAUCUGUUAAAUGAAUCGACUUCUUAUUGUUUGCCAUACAAUUUAGGGGAAAAAAAAUCUUUCUUUAUAGAAUAAUUCUCAACUGUUACAGACUGAUAUUUCAUGUACAUUUUUUCCGUUUUGAAGUAUUUUUUAUUAUUAUUUUCGAUACAUUUUUUUUCUUGCAUUAUCUCUUUUAGUAUUUCAAUUUCAUCAAUACACAAUGUCUUUACAUAUUCUUUUAUGGUUGUUUUUGUCUGUAAAACGCAUUUUCUUUUUUAAAUUGAAAUAUCAAUCGAGAGAUUCGCUGCCAUCAUGUUUUAGAUCAUUUUACUGAAUAAUUCUCGUUUAUCAUAUGUUUGAUUUGUUUAGCAAUAAAAAAAAACGAAAUUUUAACUCUGAAUAAACGGGAGACUUCAGCCCAUGUUUUCACCAUUAUUAAUUCA